CCGCCGCUGGGGCUGUGGGGAGAGGAGCCGAGCUGGGCCUCGCCGCCUCCUGCUCUCGAGUUCCCGGCCGGGAGCGCGCGGCGGAGCCGAGGCGUCUGUGCGGCGCCGCCAUGGGGAAGCGGGAUAACCGGGUGGCUUAUAUGAAUCCUAUAGCCAUGGCGAGAUCACGAGGUCCUUCCCAAUCUGCAGGGCCAACAAUACAGGACUACCUGAACAGACCAAGGCCUACAUGGGAAGAAGUGAAAGAACAACUAGAAAAGAAAAAGAAAGGAUCAAGGGCAUUGGCUGAGUUUGAAGAAAAGAUGAAUGAGAAUUGGAAGAAAGAACUAGAAAAACACAGGAAGAAAUUAUUAGGUGGAAAUGAGAGUUCCUCCAAAAAGAAUGAGAAAAAGAAAAAGGAAAAGAAGAAAUCAAAUAGGUUGUCUUCAUCUUCCUCUUCUUCAUCAAGCUCUGAUUCUUCCAGGAGUUCAUCUGAUUCUGAUGAUGAGGAUAAGAAACAAGGGAAAAAACGGAGAAAAAAGAAGUAUCGUUCCUUGCGGAAAUCUUCUGAAAGCUCUACUUCUGAUUCUGAAUCAGACAGCAAGGCCUACCAGAGUAAGAGCAGUGUCUUUUUAUACUGCAGGGCAAGGACUGAAGCAGUUGUACCAAAAAUGGACAGCACAAAAAAGAAAAAAUCAAAGGAACAACAUGAAAGAGAAAAGGACAACAAAAGUCUUAGUAGGAAAAGGAAGAAAAUUGAUCGUGGGAAUGGACCUUUAUCAUCUGAAUCGUUCUCAGAGUCAGAUCCUACAGAGGAGGUACAAGUGAAAAAGAAAAAAAACAGUGAAGAAAGAGAGAAAGUAACAGCAAGAUAAAACAAAAAAGAGAAAGAAGCACAAGAAACAUGGUAAAAAGAAGAAAAAGAAGACGGCUGGUUCAAGUUCAGAUUCAGAAUAACACUUAAAAAUCAAGCGUGUCCCUUCAACAAAAGUGCAAUGACUAAAGGAAACUUCAACUGUGAAAAUUAUCGCAAACUUUACCACACUGCAUGAGUUUUCCAGUGUUUUAGAAAUAUUACUAGACUUUCAAUAGCCAGCCAGGUGCUACUAUGCCCAAAAGUCCAUUGUUGUUGCCUGCUGCUUAAUACCUAGGGUACAAUUUUUUUUAAAUUACAGUAGCCAGUGUUAGUUUAAAAUCAUAAGAGAGGGUGGUCCAGCUAAUAUGUAAAAUAUUAGGAAAUAGAAUGCAACCUUUUAGAUACUAAAAAUAGUGUUUUAACAAGUUAAUAAUAUAGUCUAAUUUUUAAAUGUGCAGAAAUAAAAUCAAAAAUUCAUCUUGAGGAACAUAACAUAAGACUAUUGAUACUUGGUGACAACUAAUGCCAUUUGUGAAAUGGGAAUAGAAUAGUAACAAUUUUAAAGGUUACUUUUGUAGAAGUAUUUAUGAUGAUUUUGCCCUUUAUUUUCUUUUGGGAGUGUUACCAUUUUGGCUAGCUGAAUUAGGGUGCCUUUGAUCCUUGCAAAAUCUAUCUAUUUUUAACAGUACAACAGCUAUAUUUCCUAGGGAGAUCAGAACUGGUAUCAGCAGGUUUUUCCUGAAUAAACAAUUCUGGGCCCCUAGCAUGUACUUCUUCAUUAAAUAAGAACAGUGAUACACUGCACCAUAACUUGACAUCCAAAAAUGAAAGACUUUACCUCCACUUAAUUGAAAUGAUGCUGAAUACUGUGCUAUUAAUAUGCAUUAUAUCAUUUAAAGUAAUUUUGAGUGUAACUGAACAUUUUUGGCAAACACUGGUAGCUUUUUUCCUUUUGCAUUGCCAUUGAGAGAUUUAGAAUUAUUUUGUAUGUUUUGUACCAUUUUUAAAUAACGUACAGGUAUUCAGUUGUAAUUAGUGAUUUUUUUUAUGAAUUAUGUUCCAGGUGUGGAGCUUCGUGUAUGCAUUUACUUUAUUCUUACAGUAAAUUCAUUUGCUGUGAUAAAAUGCACACUUGCUGAAAACAUUUAGCAUGUAAAAAGCAGGGUUUUGAUAUCUAACAGCUUCAUAUUGAAGCUGAUUUUACUCUAAGCAAGUUGAGUGGCAGACCUGUUAGGCGGAUGUGUCUUGUUAUAUAAAACUACUGCCAGAAUCUCAGUAAAGAUACUCUUUAAAAA